AUGGAAAUUUAUUUUAUAAUCUCUUAUUUUACUGUUGUGACUCUCUUCAUUAUUUGGAAAUCAUUUGAAGAAAAACAAUCAGAAGAACAAUGGACCCAUACUCUUCGUUAAGUUCAUCUAUCUCUCCAAGAAUUGGCAUAAACCUACCAAAAUAAACAACAUUCGAACAUGUUAGAACACAUUAAGGAAAAUAUGAAAAUAUUGUCUUCAAUGCAGGAAUAAUUUUUAAAUAGUAAUUAUUACCAACUUCACAUCUAGCCCUCUUAUAAACUCAAAAUUCAAUGAUCAAAAAAAUCAAUAGCAGUCGUCUCAGCAGUCGAUCUUUGAAUUACAGCUACAGAGAAUUAUCAUUUGAUAAUGAAUUAAAGUUUUAAUGAUCCACACCUGUCUAUUUAUUAAAUUCAC